AUGAAGAAUAAUAAGCAACAAGGCACAAGUGCAGCCUCAUAUCUAAAUCUCUUCAGUGCUCAACUCUACCUUCUCAACUUCUUUGCUCAUAUUCUAGUCUUUGGUUGUGGUUUACUCAUUGGCAUAACUAUCACUUUUGGUGUCAGGAACCUUUCCCUCAACUUUCAACUCCAAAAAUACACCAUCCCGUCAAAUACCCUCAAAUCACCACCUUUGUCUCCUUCUCCUCCAAUCUCAUCAAACAUCACAUUGAUAUCAAAUAACCAAACAAAACCACCUUCUAAUUCUUCUUCCCUUAUAAAUAAGAAAAGGGUUAUAAUAACCAAAAACUUCACAAGAAUUGGGUUGAGGGAAUUCUUGAAGCCUCCCAUGGCCAUGCAUGAUAUGAGUGAUGAAGAGUUGUUGUGGAGAGCCUCCAUGGUUCCUAGGAUUCAUAAACUACCAUUCAAACAGACCCCAAAGGUUGCAUUUUUGUUCUUGACAAAAGGUCCUGUGUUGUUGGCUCCUCUUUGGGAAAUGUUCUUCAAAGGAAAUGAAGGGUUGUAUUCUGUCUAUGUCCAUUCCGAUCCUUCUUUCAAUGGAACUUUGCCUCAAAAUUCAGUGUUCCAUGGCCGCAGAAUCCCCAGCAAGGAGGUAAGGUGGGGAGAGAAUAGUAUGAUAGAGGCAGAGAGACGCCUACUAGCCAAUGCACUCCUUGAUUUCUCAAACCAACGUUUUGUUCUACUUUCAGAAUCUUGCAUCCCUUUAUUCAAUUUCUCCACCAUCUACACUUAUCUAAUGAACUCAAACAAGAUCUUUGUGGAAGCCUAUGAUCUUCCAAAUGAAGUAGGGCGUGGCAGGUACAGCCACAAAAUGAGGCCAAUUAUUAGACUCUCCCAAUGGAGAAAAGGGUCACAAUGGUUUCAAAUAGACCGUGCCAUUGCCCUUCAAAUAGUCUCUGAUCACCAAUAUUUCCCAGUGUUCAAAAAGUACUGCAAUCCUCAAUGCUACAGUGAUGAACAUUAUUUGCCCACAUUGGUUAGUAUCAAAUUUUGGAAGAGGAACUCUAAUAGGACUUUGACUUGGGUUGAUUGGUCAAAGGGUGGACCCCAUCCUUCAAAGUAUAUAAGGACAGACGUUACUUAUGAGUUUUUGAACAAAUUAAGGUUUGGAAGCUCAUGUGAGUACAAUGGACAUAUCACCAAUGUUUGUCAUUUGUUUGCAAGGAAAUUCACACCUCAUGCUUUGGAUAGACUGCUUAGAUUUGCUCCUAAGAUCAUGCAAUUCAAUUGA